GCCCCUUGCGGAAUACUGGGAACAGCAGCUAGACUGUUCCCAACGCAUUGGUGAAAGCAAAAGUAAUAGUUUUCGAUCAUUCGGCCAUCAAUUAGCACCUGCCCUGCUUUCCGCCCGCACUGAAAGCCAGACGCGGCACUGUAUAAAAGCCUCAGGCGGCCAGAGACGGCUUCAAAGUCAAUCUUCAAGUACCCGACAAUGGCUUGCCUUGGCCACGCUCCGAUAGCUGUAUUUUUGCUGGCUGUAGUCUUCAGUUGCGCCCCGACUUUGGCGGAUUUACGCGGAGAUCUGAGGGAUUUCGUGGCGAUUGCGCCGCGUCGACGCAUCGGCUACAUAGCCGCCAGAUACUAUAUCUUCGAUCCGAGAUUCCGCCAGGCAGUGGGUUUUGUGCGCAGCGACGAGUUCCUGGAGACCUGGCAGUCGGUGCGUGCCGCGCCCGAUGUGGCAGCCCUCAUCGAUUACCUCAACGAGUACGGAUCGGGCUACGAUGUGACCAGCCUCGUGGACAGCCUCCCCCAGCGACUGCGGGCCUAUCAGCUGUCGCGCACUGUGCCCGUAGAGAUGAUGCUACACCGCGAUCUUACCACAUUCCUACGCGAAGCGGUCCAAACCCUGCCGCGGGCCAAGGUCUAUGCCCUGAUGUCGCAGAAGGUGCGGCAGGGCGGGGACUUUGCCAAGUUCUACAAGGCCCUGAGGGACAAGCAGUUCAAGAUUCUGGUGGACAGAGCAAGGAAUUCAGCGGACCUGCAAGCGCCACUGAAAAAACUGCACGAAAAGCACAUCAAUGUCGAUGAGAUACUUCAAAUAUUGUUCGAAAUCAUCAACUGGGGGCCGCAGAAUCUAUAGAUCUA